AUGGACGUGGUUCAGCGAUUCUUGGAAGAAGACGAGGUACGCUUGAUCCGUUACCUGAUCUCAGAUACAAAUUUGGCAGUCAGACUGGGCACGGAAACAUCAAGCUCUUUCUCCACUAACAUUGGUACCCCGCAAGGCGACUCCUUGUCGCCAAUUCUAUUCGUGAUCUACCUGGAAGCUGCCCUGCAGGAUGUGCGACAGCGAAUGGCUGCACCUGUGGCCCGGCAUCUUCCGUACGAUGUGGAGUACGCCGAUGAUGUGGACUUCAUCAGUAUCUCUAGUGAUUGGCUUCGGAUGUUAGAGCCACAAGUUGCCACCAUCUUGGGUACAUGGUCCCUUACCGUCAACCAGACCAAGACAGAAUUCACAGCCAUCCAGCGAGAGGCCGAUCGUGCUGAUGAGCCAUGGCGUAUGGUCAAGAAACUCGGCUCUCUCCUUGGUGAUGCAGAGGAUGUCACCCGCAGAAAGCAGCUUGCGGCGAUAGCGUUUAAGUCCCUCUGCCAGUUAUGGAAGAGAAGAGACCAAGUGAGUCUGGAGGUGCGCGUCCGGCUGUAUAACUGCUUCGUGUUACCUGUCUUGCUUUACAACUGCUCCACAUGGGGCAUCACUCGACAGACAAUUGAAGCGCUGGAAUCGUAUCAUCGGCGGCAACUUCGGCAUAUCUUGGGUAUCAGGUGGCCCAACCGACUGUCGAACGAUUUGGUUUACGAGCGCUGCAGUGCUGCUCCACUUGGCAACAUUCUGGUGAAUGCAAGAUGGCGGUUGUUUGGCCACAUCCUGCGAUCAGAUGAGCACACACCGGCUAGGGAGGUCAUGAGUGGAUUCUUUGGCUGCUCCGUGCCGGGAUACCGUGGGCGGCCGCGGAUCACGCUACCGGUCCUGCUGAAUCCAGACGCGGAGCGAGUCGGCUGCCGUCUGAGGACUCCAAGGGACUUGCAGCUGAUGGCUCAGUGA